CGCACGAUCUGGCAUUCAGAUUGGCACGCGUGCGACAUGGGGAUCUCAGUGCUGGCAAUAUCUUGAUAUCUGAUUCAGGCAAGGGAAUCUUGAUUGACUGGGAUCUAGCUAUGAUAUUGCCAGAUGUCGAUGAUCAGGGGGUUGACACUCAGGGAUCGACGACGAAAUGGCAAACGGGAACUUGGCAAUUCAUUUCGGCGGCCCGACUGAUGGAUCCUAACAGCACGCGCCAUGAACUUCGUGAUGAAUUGGAAUCUGGUCUUCACGUCUUGCUGUACACCAGUGUCCGCUAUAGAGCCAGCCACCUUCCUGUGGCACAAUGUAAAUUGCUCAAGAAAGCCUUUAUCGAGCAUUUCGACAGCAGAUCCGACACCGUGCAGGGGCGAACAUCCGGAGGACAUGGAAAAUACGAGUUUUUUCAACCAAUCGGGCCUAGUGCCUUCUCUCAACCAGGCCUCAAAAUAUUCCUGAACACCCCGCUUGCCAGCCUCAUCGAGACGCUGCGAAGAUUAUUCGUUCCACUCUAUAGUCUCCCUGACAUGUUACAGCUGGUGCCUACCAUGGAGCAAUCUCGGGACGCUGCCCUCGAAGUCCUCAAGACUUCGGAUCGAUUCAUAGAGAUCAUCGAGGAGCACCUUGAGAUGGACGGAUGGACGGAGAAUGAUGUCAGCGAUGAGCUGCGUGGCUGUGAUCAAUUCUUUACCGAAGCACGAGGCCUGAUAUUUGCGGCACGGCGUAGCUCGUUGUUGAGGGCUAACAUAAAGCGCGGCAGUGGCUCUGCGGGUAUGGCUAAUGCGACGUCAGCGUCCCUCCCCUUUAUGGCCGAAUCCAAUGGGGAAGACUAGUACGCUUAGUAACUUGACAUGCUAUUUUUCCAUCGCAACUUAUGCUCUAUGCUUUUCGAUCCCUCCUCCGUGUAUAUGUGAUUAUAUGUCUAACAUCUCAUGUUUCACUCAAUAUGUCCUUCCCUGAGAUUUCUAAUGUCAAUCUUGUCCCGUUCACC